UGCCACUAUGGGAGCCACUAGCCCCACACGGUUAUUAUGUACUUGAAAUGUAGCUAGUAUUACUGGUGUGCUGAACUUUUAAUGCAUUAACAUUAAGACUUAAGAUGGUGGAGGGGCAACACGAAGCUUACAGUACUGUCUCUGGGCUGACUUCGGCUCCGGUCCCGCCGCGGCAGUGAUCGCCAGCAAACAGCGCCUGGAGUAGUGGGCCAAGAUGCCGAACAUCAAAAUCUUCAGCGGCAGCUCCAACCUGGACUUGUCCCAGAAAAUUGCUGACCGCCUGGGCCUGGAGCUAGCCAAGGUGCUGACCACAAAAUUCAGCAACCAGGAGACCUGUGUUGAAAUUGGCGAAAGUGUCCGGGGAGAGGAUGUCUACAUCCUUCAGAGCGGCUGUGGUGAAAUUAACGACAACCUGAUGGAGCUUCUGAUCAUGAUUAACGCCUGUAAGAUCGCUUCCGCCAGCCGGGUCACUGCGGUCAUCCCAUGCUUCCCUUACGCCCGGCAGGAUAAGAAGGAUAAGAGCCGGGCUCCCAUCUCAGCCAAGCUUGUGGCAAAUAUGCUCUCCGUAGCAGGUGCAGAUCAUAUUAUCACCAUGGACCUUCAUGCUUCUCAAAUCCAGGGCUUUUUCGAUAUCCCCGUGGACAAUCUGUACGCAGAACCAGCUGUCCUGAAGUGGAUACGGGAGAAUAUCUCUGAGUGGAGGGACUGCACGAUUGUCUCGCCCGAUGCGGGGGGAGCUAAGCGAGUCACCUCCAUCGCAGACCAGUUGAAUGUUGACUUUGCCUUGAUUCACAAAGAACGGAAGAAGGCCAACGAAGUGGACCGCAUGGUGCUGGUCGGGGACGUGAAGGACCGGGUGGCCAUUCUAGUGGAUGACAUGGCUGAUACUUGUGGCACAAUCUGCCAUGCAGCGGAAAAACUCCUUGCAGCUGGAGCCACCAGAGUUUAUGCUAUCUUGACUCACGGGAUCUUUUCUGGCCCGGCCAUUUUUCGCAUUAACAACGCCUGCUUCGAAGCAGUAGUGGUCACCAAUACCAUCCCUCAGGAGGAUAACAUGAGGCACUGUCCCAAAAUACAGGUGCUCGACAUCUCCAUAAUCCUGGCAGAAGCCAUCAGGAGAAUUCACAAUGGGGAAUCUGUUUCCUACCUGUUCAGCCAUGUGCCUUUAUAACAGAAUACCUUCUGAGGCUUUAAAAAAAUAAAGCGAACCCCUCUCCUUGUU